AACUCUGCGCCAGUUGUCAGUGAGUUUCUGAGAGCACUGCAGAGCGUGAACUGUCUACACGUAAGGCGAAAACUUCUGGAAAAAUGACGGCCAACGCGAAACCAUCUUUUUUUGUUGGUGUGGACCUCCACUGUGUGACCAACAACACUCAACACCGCACCAGCAAGCUGUCGCAGGAUCAGCUGAUUGUUAGGCGAGGACAAUCCUUCAUCCUGACCCUUAAACUGAAGGAGUCUUUCAACCCUGAACUCCACCUGUUCACCUUCACUGCAUCAACAGGAGAACACCCAUCUGAGAACAUUGGGACAAUGUCACGCUUUGGCCUCCCCGACUUUGUGAGGCGUUCACAGUCAGCAAAGGCGGUGUGGAAGGCAUCCUUUCAGACGAGCACACCCGGGAGGACGGGAUCCGUGACUCUGUUGAUCACCCCACCGGCUGAUGCUCCCGUAGGAAAGUACGUCUUGUCUGUGAAACACAAGGAUGACGAAAUACUGCUGAAAAAUAUGGUGGUCCUCUUCAACCCCUGGUGUCCUGAUGACUGGGUGUCUCUGGCUGACGAGGAGCAGAGACAGGAGUAUGUGAUGAACGAACAGGGAAUAAUCUAUAAAGGAAGUGGAAGCUACAUCACUCCUAUGAGCUGGGACUAUGCACAGUUUGAGAGUGACAUGGUGGAGAUUUGCCUGAAGUUGUUGGACCUCAACCACAAACACCUGAGAGACCCAGCUGAUGACGUCUCUGCUCGCUGCAAUCCCAUCUAUGUCAGCCGCGUGAUCAGCGCCAUGAUAAAUACCCAGGAUGACAGCGGCGUCGUGGAGGGUCGCUGGUCAGGUUCAUAUUUCGGCGGAAAGCUUCCCUCACACUGGAGCGGCAGUCAUGCCAUCCUGAAGCGCUGGUACGACAGCGGCUGCCAUCCAGUCAAAUAUGGACAGUGCUGGGUGUUCGCUGGCGUCAUGUGCUCAGUGAUGCGUCUGCUGGGAAUCCCUUGCCGUGUGGUCACCAACUACCACUCAGCUCACGACAACAACAAGAACCUGAUCAUCGACGUCUACCACGCUGACUACGGAGUCAGGGAGAAGGAGAGCAAUGACAGCAUUUGGAACUACCACGUCUGGGUGGAGGGCUGGAUGAGGCGUCCAGACCUGGCGAAGGAUGGCAAGUACGACGGCUGGCAAGUUGUGGAUCCAACACCGCAGGAGAAGAGCGAUGGUGUGUACUGCUGCGGCCCAGCUCCGGUCUCCGCCGUCCUCAACGGAGAAACCCAUCUGAAGUACGACGUGCCGUUCGUCUUCGCUGAGGUCAACGCCGACUGCAUUGACUGGAUGAUCAAAGCUGACGGGUCAAAGGUGAAAAUUUACUCUGACACCACGAGAGUCGGACACAACAUCUCCACCAAGGCUGUGGGCUCCAAUCGGAGGGUGGACAUCACUAACACCUACAAGUAUGCAGAAGGAACGGAGAAGGAGAGGACUGUGUUUAAAUAUGCCCUUACGAGAGUUCACACCAGUGACAUGGUGGAAAGCAUUAACAACGGAGAAGUGAAUGGAAGCGCGGGCGCCGAUGACCAGUACGGAGGAGAGGGCGUGAACAAGCUGACGGAAGACACAGAAGAAGUGGUUCCAGAGAUCGUCGUUCCGCUGCCACCUGUGACCAUACGGUUUCAAGAGGUGUCCAAGCUGAUAAACACAGAGGAUGUGAAACUGAAUCUGCUGCUGAGCAGCGAGAGCAAGGCUCCCAGGCCGGUGUCCGUCAACGUCAGCGUCCAGGCCAUGAGGUACAACCGCUCCCCGGCAGCCAACAUCCAGACCAAUACAAGGGAGGAGACGCUGCAGCCUGGCAAAGAGCUGUGCAUCCCCAUCCUGGUGCCAUUCUCGGCCUACCACAAGCACAUGGUGGAAUGCGAGAGCAUGACGAUUUCAGCCCUGGUCACAGACAAGCAGAAGCCGAAUAACACAUACCUGGGUGUGAAGGACGUCGUGCUGAAGAAUCCCUCGAUGUCCAUCAACGUUUCCACUUGGAACAAAAUAUACUGCGAGUCAACCGUGGAGGUGGUUUUCACAAACCCUAUCAACCAGGUCCUGAAGGAGUGCACUCUGACUCUCUCUGGAAGUGGUCUCUUCCAAGAUGAGAUGCAAUACACACUUCCGGACCUGAAGCCAAACACCAGGGUGCGGAUCCAGUUGCCUUUUACUCCCUACAAGAGCGGAGAGAGGACGCUGCUGGCCGACUUUGACUGCUCCGCCUUCAGAGACAUCAAGGCCAGCUGCGUUGUCAAUGUCAGAAUAUAAGUACUCGCGAAACAAGAUGUUGGAUGCUUAACAUUCCACAAAUGAAUACACUAUAUAUGGUAAAUGAAGAAACCUUUAUUGUCAGCCUUUACUCAGUGUGAGAUAUCCUAUAUGCUUUGGGUACACUCCCAGAAUCAUUUCUCUACUGUGACCACUAUAACAUGUGUACUUUUAAUUUACUUUACUCCACUUUGACUUUAUUGAGGGAUUUCGAGUAUAAACUUGGUAGAAACAGGGUUUAGAAAAGCUCCGAGCACUAUGAACUUGAAUCAGAACUAGCAGCUUUCUUGCUAAAGUGUCAUUUUUUUUUUUGCUGCUGCCACUUUUAUGAUGUUUGUCCAUGUAUGUUGGCAAAUAUUAGUCUUAAAUUGGCGUUGAAGUGUGUCUGAAUGUAUUGCACUGUUACCUACAAAAUAUGUAAUAUAUAUUUGCUCCAACCUUGA